GAGUGUACGUUACUUUCUCGGAUGAACCACACCCACCUCCAUUUUCAAAUUUAAAAAUAUUCUGAUUAUUUGUUUAUUAUUUAUUUUAUUAUUAUUAUUGGAUCACACCACCUCUAAUUCCAACCAAUGCCCUUCUCUUCUCACAAAUUCCCUUUAAACCUCCUCCGCCGUGUCUGCCGCUGCUCCGCCGCCGAUCGCUUCUCUCCGACGCCGCCGCCGCUCACCGGUUUAUGAUUCCGUACAAAUUCAGAUUUCUAAAGGCGGUUUUUAGGCUUUUCCGCACUCCAACCGAUUUGAAACCGCAAUGUUAUGCCGGAAAACUUCCGUCAAAAGCCGCCGUGGAUCGGAGGCGGCGGCGGCGGUGCAUCUGAACGUCUACGAUCUCACCUCCAUCAACGGCUACGCCUACUGGCUCGGCCUCGGAGUCUACCAUUCCGGCGUUCAAGUUCACGGUGUUGAGUAUGCAUUUGGCGCUCACGAAUUUCCGACGACCGGAAUAUUCGAGUCGGAGCCGCGGCAAUGCGACGGUUUCACCUUCCGGAAGUCGAUCCUGAUCGGGUGGACAGAGCUGACGGCGCGUGAGGUGCGUGCGGUGAUGGAGGAGCUCGCCGGACAAUACCGCGGCGACGCUUACAACCUCAUCACUAAGAACUGCAACCAUUUCUGCAACGACGCCUGCCUCCGCCUCACCGGAAAUUCGAUCCCCCGGUGGGUCAAUCGUCUCGCCAGAAUCGGAUUCUUUUGCCGGUGUGUGAUCCCGGACAAAUUCAAUUCGACAAAAGUCCGGCACCACAAAAUCGACGCGGAAAACGGCUGUUGCCGGGCCGAAAAGAAUCUGGAAAGCAGAUCAAAUAGGUUCGGUAUCGGGUCAUCAAAUUCAUCCUCAUCCUCAUCAAGUUCACCUCCAAAUUCAAAUUCGAGAAGCAGACGAGGGGGCGGCUCGUUGCUUCUCGAUAGGAAAGCAUUAAAUUAAUACAAAAAAUUUAAAAUCAAAAUCACAAAUAUUGUUUUUUUUUUUUCAAUGGGAGUUACCACUAUAUUGAUUCAUUUCUUGUAAAUCAAUGCCCAUUAUUUUUUAUUUGAUUUGAUUUGAUUUUAAAAAAUGAAUGAAGAAGUGUUGUUAUC